AUGGCCGGUCCUUCAAUAGGUCCAAUUCCUGUGGAUCUUCCACCCUCGCCUGUCAUUGCUGGGCCUUCUACCAACCCUGCCUCCGAGUCCCGGGAGAAGGGAAAAGGUAAGGCAGUUGUCCCAGACCCAGAACCGGAAGUGGAAGGGAGUUGGAAGAGGAAGUCUCCAAUGAUUCCGACACUUCCCUCCCAACCCCCGGAGUCUGCUAUGAAGACUUGGAAGCAGGCGAAGGCCACCGGCCUUGCCAAAUUCAAGGUGUGUGUUGAGUCGGAAGAUGAGGAGGACUUGGUCACUCAGCCAAUUUUGUGUGGAGUGCCAGAGGUCGUCCUCCCCCGGCUCUCCCCAGAUGUUGCAAGGAUGUCCAGAUUACCUCAGUCACCCUGGAGCCUGAAGAAGAAACCCUUUGGGCCUGCUAUGGCAAUUGCCGGCAAAUGUCCGGAGGUCAUCAAGCCCCCUCAGGCCACUCCCAAACCUCCGGUAGAGGCGCCCCCAGUCAUCAACGCAGGUGAUAUACUCAUUCCCGGACCUGUAAGUACACUAUUGAGACUUGAACAACCCUUGCCAGGCUUGCCACAAGAUGGAAUGGCCCUGCUGCAACUCGGUUUGACAAGAGGACUGGCGCCCUGUGCAUGUCCUGCGUCUACUGCACCACCAAGAAGAUCAAGUGCAUCUCCGAGGACCAGAUCUAGGACCCCUUCCAAAGCUCCCUCCAAAGCUCUGGCCACCUCACAAUCCACCGGCCGGAUGCGGAGUCAAUCUCGGGUCUCUUCCGUCACUCCUGGUCCAUCUGGUGCCCAAACACCAAAGGUGCAAACACAUGGUUGCAGCAAGACUGUCACUGCUGCCAAGAAACCUACACCUGCACCAGCUCCAGUCCCAUCUUCGACCUCUGGAGUUCCUCGUUUGGCACUCGAUGUGCCAAUGCUGGAUUUGCAUGCCAUGGCAAUGGUGAUUCAGGAGGGUGCAGCUCGAAUCGCCGCUCUCGAGGAGCGUGUUGUUGAGCAGGAUGCUAAGAUUGACACCCUGAAAUGCCUUCAUGAAGUCCUUCGACGCGAAAUCAUCCUCCGGCACCCAACAUUUCCACUUCCAGACGCCCAAGGUGAUGCAACAUCAUUUUUGCUUCAUCAACCUGUCCCUCUGGCGAUGUCAACCCCCACAUCCGCACUUCCUCCUCUCAUUGACCUGUCUAUGGAAGGGAUGGAGCCCAACCCCCCCAACCUCCAGGAUGAGUCUGCCAUCGACGGACUCAUAUUUGAGCUCAACCAAAUUCAUCCUGAGGUUUCACAGACGCCCGGCGAAAUUGUGAAACCAGAUGAUCCAGGCAAUCUUUUCCCAGAGUAUGAUUCAAUUGAAGAGAUGGAUGUUCAAGUGAAGGGUGAACCUUCUGGUGAGGAUGUUGACAUGACUACAUAA